AUGGUCGCUGACGUGUGGGCCCCACACGUCAGGGUCUUCUUCAACCUCGCGCAGGGGAGGGAUUCUGUGCCCGUGCUGCGUAGGGGAGGGUGGGGGACCUUCUCGGUGGUGCGCAGGGGAGGGGAGGGGGUGGGGAACAGGGAGGUGGGGGUGGGCGGCGGCGGCGGCGGCGGCGAUGGGGAGGCCGUGGGGCGCAGCGGUGGGGCGGCGGCGGUGGCUGUUACCGGAGGCGGAGCGCGGACGUCGGAGAAGAGAGGGGGGGGGGGGCGGGCAUACCUGCUGGGCUUGGGGUCGGGCGCGGAGCAACGGCGGCGGAGACCGGAGGCGGAGCGGCGGCGAGCUCGGCGGCGGCGGUCGCGAAAAUCGGCAGCCUGA